UCUUGCUCAGGGCAUUGUUUUGUGGUUAAUUAUAUUUUCAGCAUUAGAAAGGAAUGCUGGUAUGUAAUUUAUUACAAUUUAUUUAAUACUGGCUGUGUAAUUAGAAGUAAAUAUUGUAUCACACAAUGCACUGUAUGCUUAUUCAUUCAUUUCAGUACCUUCUCAUGAUGAAUGAUUGCCACCUUGAAAAAGCCAGAAUGGUUUCCACUAAGGAAAACUUGAAGGUUAGCCAACAAGAUACACACUACAAUGCAAGACUCGAGUCUUCUGUAGCAUCUGUUUCCCCAUCAACAUCACUUUCUUCACAACAGUCUAAAUGCAGUAACUAUAGCUAUGCUGCAAGUUUAUACAAAAGUGUUAUAAGUAACAGUAUUUUAUACAAUGACUCAAGAGGUCUGCAUGGUUCUUCUGAAUUACACAGUUCUGUAAAGAAGUUUGGUGAAACUAUGUGGCUUGAGUAUUUAAAUACUGCCAAUGAGUGGCAGAUUGAAGGAUUUGUUGAGAAGUACAAGAAAAUUAAAGACAGGGCAGCUCUUUUGAAAGGCAGUUUACAUAAGGUUGUGGAAACUGAGAACCCUGUCUAUGAGAAGCUGAAGAACUGGAAUGAAAAGAAAUAUCAAGCUGAAACUUUGUACAUGUUCAUCCAAGACAUCGUUGAACCUACUCCAAAAAAGCCAUUGGAUUCAGAAAUGGUCAAGUGA